AUUUUUAUUUUUUUUUAUACUUCAGAGUGGCAUUUACUUAGAAAGAAAUGGAAUUUGUUUCUACCUACAAUUUGUCAGCGCGGAGAUGUGUAAAAAUCUUGAAGUGGAUCCCAUUGUUAUUUGGGAUCUUUACAGUACCAUAUAUCAUGACUCAGAGAGAAUACCAAAUAAAACAAACAGUGGAUCCAGGAACAGUUGAAAAGAAACAGGUCUGCAAUAUGCAUAACGGCGCCCGUUUCGGGACUACAGGAGUUAUUGCCCCUGUGAAAUGCCCCGAUGUGGGAGAAUGCAUGAUGCGGGGAAGAUGGCGGACUCGACCCAUAACGUCCUUGGAAAGACAAAAAGUAGAUGAUUAUAUAUUUUGUUACAGAAGGGAACAUGGUGUGGCAGAGACGCUACAGAGGAGCGAUGGGAAGUGUUUCAGCGUGUCGUCUGAUAGCGGGAAUGGACAGUUUCGCGCACUGUGUGACCCGGAUGGACCGACGCCAUGUUGCUGUGAUAAUAUUUGUGUCAACAAAACCUUUAAAGACUGCAAGUGCCCGGGCUGUCAAGAUCUUCGGAAUCUGAUUCAUGCCGAGUACUCAACCUGGCAGCCUGAAGAUUCCCGAUGUAUGGUGAAGAACUUCACGGCCAAGGAAGCAUGUGACCUUCUACAGGGUGCGACAGUUGCUUUUGUCGGAGACUCUCUGAUGCGCCAUUUCUACACUGUUCUACUCACUGUGCUCACAAACAAUGGCCACGAUGGAGCUAUUGACAGCAACGCUCCGAAAGAUAUCCAGAAUCGAUGUGCGGGAUGGAAGAUACUCACCGAGAAGGUUUGCCUUCCAUGGAUUAAACGGAAUGUAACUGUUUGUAACAAUUCUGUCAGGUUUCAGUUUUUUGAAUAUUUUAGAUCAUCCUUCUCCCAAACAUUCCUUGACUUAGGCACAAGCCUUUACGAUGAAAACAAAUCCUUAUUAGUGGCAGGUAUUGGUUUACAUGAUGACUACAAAUUUACAAAAGUGUUCCAUAAAUUCUUAUGGCCAUUCCUACAAAACCAAAUAGACAAUGGUAGUGUGUGGCCAAAGGUCGUUUGGUCUGCAGCCGAUUCAAGUUCUUUGAUUGUCAGCAAAGUCGACAUCGAAGAAGAACUGCACAAGACAAGGAUGUUUAACCUGUUGAUGAGAGACAGGAUGGAACGAUAUGGCGUGACUGUGUUCGAUACUUUUAACAUGACGAAAGGAGUAGCAACUCCUGAUGGCACUCAUUAUGGGUUUGGACUAAAUUUGAUGAAGGCACAAAUGUUUCUUAACCUUGUACUAGAAAUGAGAGACAGACUGGAGUGGUGAAAUGUAUUGUUCACGAUCACAAGUAGGUUUCGCUGCAAAGGCGGGAUUGAUACUGUUAACGUAUUUAACGACACAUUAAGCAGUAUUCCAGCCAACGACUCUCCAUUGACUCUGGAUAAAACAAACCAAUGACUGAAAACAUGAACAACAGUCCAUCGGGGAAUAAUAGCGCACAGUCAACCAGCCAGAUAACCCGAUCCAACUCAGUCGGUUCUAUCGACAAUCAGUGUCUAUUUCUAAUGAGACUCCCAAUGAGGGAUGGCGGCCAUGAAUAUAUGAUUGGUGAUCCCGCUCCGUUAACUAGACAGUUUCCAUCUGAACUGUCAAACACCGAAUAACAGGUGGUUACAUUUAGGCUACAGGCUGUGUACGAAUUGUGCCUCCUGUGACCUCAGCGAUGACUGGAUUCCCGAUAGAAUGGGAUGGUAAUGAGUGGGUAUGGUUUUACGCCGCUUUUAACAAUAUUCUAGCACUAUCACGGCGGGGGACGCCAGAAAUGGGCUUCACACAUUUAACCCAUGUCAGGAAUCAAGCCCGGGUCUUUGGCAUGACGAGUGAACGCUUUAAUCACUGGGCUACCCGACCGCCUCUGGAUGGUAAUGAGAAUACAUACUUUCUUGCGCCAGUAGCUCAGGUCACAUGCUCUCCAUGAUGUUAACGUUGAAAUAUGAGUACACAGUGUUGCAGUUAUAGUGAUGAUACUAUUGCAAGCGCCUUUAGUGAAUCUCGCUGUGGAUCAUUGGUUCCAAAUCACAGAUUCGAUGUUUCUUGUUCUGUCGGCACCACAAUGGUUUUCGUCAGUUCUCCAAAGAAGUUGGUUGGUUGAUUGGUUUGUCGUUUUACACCGCACUCAGCAAUAUUUCAGCUAUAUGACGGGGUCUGUAAAUAAUCGAGUCUUGACCAGACAAACCAGUGAUUGAUAUCAUGAGCAUCGAUCCACGCAAUUGGGAUUGAUGACAUGCAUCAACCAAGUAAGCCAGCCUGACCACCCGAUACCGUUAGUCGCCUCGUUUUCCCAUGUUUAGAAACACACGUUGGCUAAGCGCCUCUGACUUUUGUGUUCCCCUGCUAUCCAGGAGAGAUUGUCCGCAAGCCGUGUAUGUAAACAUUUUCGAGAUCUUGUAUCUUUACCUCCAAUGAUUCGUUAGGCCGUUUUCAGGGUCGGUUUGUUACUGGGUGGUCCUACGAAACUCAGAUUUCGUUACUCAGUUAUUACGGGGCGCGCAGAUUGGGCUUAUUUGAACCCUUUAAGUGUCAUGUAUUGGUACAAUUACCAGUUAAUAAUAAACCUGUGAACCUAU